UUCUAUCCGUAUACGAGGGUGGUGUGUGUUCUCAUUUUUUAUUAUUUGCUUCUUGAAAGAAAAGCCGGAAGAUUGUGUAAUUUUUGUACGUUUUAAUUUAAACAAAUUCAUAUAUAUCUGGCUGUUUAUGAAAUAAAUACAUAAUAAUAGAUUAAAGUAUGAAGAACGGCCAAGAGACUGUUUGUAAAUUAAAAAAUGCGGCGAAUGCGGAAGUAAACGAAAAGAUGCACAGUGCAACAGAUUGGUGGCUCGUGUUUGGAGGCAUAACUGCACUUACUUUAAUUACUAGAUUUUACAAAGUAACAGAACCUGAACAUGUAUGUUGGGAUGAAACACAUUUUGGUAAAAUGGGCAGUUGGUAUAUAAAUAGGACAUUUUUCUUUGAUGUACAUCCCCCUUUGGGAAAGAUGCUCAUUGCUCUGUCUGGAUAUAUGACAGGCUACGAUGGUAGAUUUGCCUUUGAAAAACCAGGAGAUAAAUUUGAGAACGUCAAUUAUGUCGGUAUGAGAAUAUUUUGUACAAUUUUGGGUGCAUCCAUUGUCCCUUUGUCUUAUCUCAUCGUAUGGGAUCUUACCAAAUCAAUUUGUGCUUCUGCCCUUUCUGCUAUUUUCAUUCUAUUUGAUGUAGGACUACUGACGUUAAAUCAAUACAUACUCUUAGAUCCGAUACUACUGUGUUUUAUGAUGUGUGCGACGUGGGGAAUGGUGCGCGUGGCGUCGCUCCAGGAUCGGCCAUUUACACGAUCCUGGUGGUCCUGGUUAUCGUUUACCGGAGCCUCGCUCGCAUGCACGAUCAGCGUGAAAUUUGUCGGGCUGUUUGUCGUUUUACUCGUGGGUUUUUACACCGUAUAUGAACUCUGGCGAGAAUUGGGAGAUUUGUCUAAGCCUAUUUCUUAUGUGGGCAAACAUUUAUUAGCACGGUGCUUUUGUCUCAUCCUAUUACCGGUUUUACUUUACAUGCUAUUUUUUUAUAUCCAUCUUUCCGUUUUGAAUAAAAGCGGAAGUGGUGACGGAUUCUACAGUUCCGAAUUUCAGUCACUCUUACGAGGGAAUUCCUUAUAUAAUGCGACGAUGCCACGACAAUUAGCAUAUGGUGCCACUAUCACAUUAAAGAAUCAUCGCACAGGCGGCGGUUACCUGCAUUCCCACUGGCAUUUGUAUCCUGAGGGAAUCGGCGCUAGACAACAACAGAUCACAACCUAUUCCCACAAGGACGACAAUAAUCUAUGGUUGGUGAAGAAAUUCGACACGGACGUGAUACCAUCUAAGCCGGAGUUGGUCAAACACGGUGAUCUCAUUCGUCUGGAGCACGUUAUCACGAAACGGAAUUUACAUUCGCACAAGGAGAUCGCGCCGAUAUCGAAAAAGCACUACCAGGUCACCGGAUAUGGAGAAAACGGUACGGGUGAUGCUAACGAUCUCUGGAAAAUAUUGAUAACAAAUGGAAAAAACAAUGAUGUAGUGGAAACCGUGACGAGUAAACUGAAAUUCGUACAUUAUCUUCAUCAUUGCGUCCUAACGUGCAGCGGCAAAACGUUGCCGAAAUGGGGAUACAGUCAACAAGAAGUCUCUUGCAAUCCCAAUAUGAGAGAUAAAAAUGCGUUAUGGAACAUCGAGGAUAAUCAAUACGCCAAAUUACCAAAUGUCAGUUUUCGAGUAUACGCGCCGGGAUUCCUCGACAGAUUUCUGGAGUCGCACGCCGUGAUGCUGCAAGGAAAUUCGGAUUUGAAAGUGAAAGAGGGAGAGGUGUCCUCGCGACCUUGGCAGUGGCCUAUAAAUUACAGAGGGCAAUUCUUCUCCGGAAACAAUCAAAGAAUAUACCUGCUCGGUAAUCCCGUCAUUUGGUGGGGAAACAUAAUCUUUCUUGUGAUAUUCGUCAUUCUUUACGUUCACGCAUCCGUGCGCGAACAACGGGGCUGCGUCGACGACGUCGUCAUCCUUGAACAGCGCGGCAAGAUAACGCACGCCGGCAAGUGGCUCUUCUUCGGAUGGAUCCUGCAUUAUGUACCAUUCUGGACGAUGACCAGAGUACUGUACUUCCAUCAUUACUUCCCGGCGCUGCUGUACAGUUCCAUGCUGACUGGGAUUAUAUUGAAUCACAUUAUCGAGUGCCUCCUACUGUUUUUUCCCGGUAAAGUGGGAAAUACGAUUUAUCAUGUUGUACUGGGAAUCGUAAUCUCCGGUACUGUAUACAGUUUCUAUCUAUUCUCGCCAUUGGCUUAUGGGAUGGACGGACCCUCCGCCAUGGACCCCGAGAGCUCGAUGCAUUCUUUGCGAUGGAUGGAAUCUUGGGAAUUUUAAAGUCUGAUUUUAUCGACGAAGUCGAUUUAUAUGCAAAGUAUUUUAUACGUAUUUAAAUAUUUUAUACAUAUAUAUAUGCCUUCGAGAACAACUAAGAUGCUGGAAAAAUGCUCAUCUUAUUUAUA